AUGUGCCGCAUGACUACCAAAUUGACAGAAAAAGUGAUUGUGGGUCUUACGAUUGCUAGCCUCUUCGAUUUUCGUGCAUGCGCUCCAGAAGUGCUGGCACUGCUCCUCCCGUCGCCGUUCCUCCGCGAGGUCGCUCCAUCCUCCUGUCCCCCAAAACCGAAACCCGCGGACCCGAAAUCUGCGGAUAUCCAACCCGACCCGAACCCACUGCCAUCCUUACUCCCGUGUGCCUCCUCGCAGACGACGACAGCGCCCACGCCUCCACCCCCUCGUCACCGGUGGCAAUGCCAGCCGCCUCUAGAAGCCCCCAGGCAGACCACUGUUUGUUGGUUCCUCAAUUCUUCACCUAGCACUUCGGUUGGCAGUUUCAGUUGUCAAGAGCUCGGUGAGCGUGCGGGCGUGUGCCUGGAGCGGAUGUAUUGUGACGCACGGGAGGCAGCAAUGAUGUGGAGAGCGAGGGGAAGAAUGUGGAAGGCCAUCAGAGAUGUUGCCAAGUGAAAUGACAUGGCAUCUGCAAAGUUGUGACUAGUAAUCAUACACGCUUUAUUUCAGUUCAUCAGCUCCUAAAUCAUACGUGCUUUAUUUCAGUUCAUCAGCUCCUAACACAUCUUUCAGUCAAUGUGUACCUGCACUUCUAUAUGCUUAGUCAUUCACAUAUCACAAAUUUUCUGGAGAGGGAUUGCGUCUGAAAAAAGAAUUGUUUUGUGCAGCAAGUUGGACGCAACUUUUUAAUUUAGUACAUGCGCUGGAGUUGCUUGCUUGCUGGAGAUCGCCCAUUUCUGGAACCUGGAGUUGCUUGCUUGCUGGAGAUCGCCCGUGCAGACUUUUCUUUUUCAUGGAGAACAAAGUUUGGUGCACAGAUAUUCGUUGGCCAAUCUGAAACAAUCCUUUUCUGUACAUAAAUCAAUCAGUUGUAUGAGGGCCACAAGAACAUGGAGUACAAAUGGGAUUAGUUUGCUUUCGAUCAUAAAAACUCAUAUAUUUACAACAUCGAUGAAUGAAUGGAGCAUGUGCUUGCAGUA